ACGAAUAUUUUGUGCACCCAUGUGUGUGUGUGUGACUGCAGUGACAGUAGAAUCUUAAAACAGAGGAUGCAUUUCGUCUUGCACUAAUUGCACGGUUUUGCAGUCAUAGUCAUGAGAAAACUGAAGUUUCACGAGAAGAAACUUCUGAAGAAGGUUGACUUUAUCUCGUGGGAAGUGGACAACAAUUUGCACGAGGUAAAAGUGCUGAGAAAGUAUCACAUCCAGAAGAGAGAGGACUACACAAAAUACAACAAACUCAGUCGUCAUGUGCGAGCGUUAGCCAAUAAAAUCAAGCAGUUGGACCCAAAGGACCCGUUCCGGACACAGAGCACAUCCCAGCUGCUGGAAAAAUUGUACAACAUGGGCAUUAUACCAACAAAAAGAAGCCUAGAGCUCUGUGACAAGGUCAGUGCAUCGUCAUUCUGCAGGAGGCGACUGCCGGUUGUCAUGGUGAAGUUGAAGAUGGCUGAGGAUGUGCCCAAUGCCGUGAGGUUUAUAGAGCAAGGGCAUAUUAGAGUUGGGCCUGAGCUGAUACUCGAUCCAGCAUUUCUUGUGACCAGGAAUAUGGAAGACUUUGUGACGUGGACCGACACUUCCAAGAUUCGACAACAUAUCACAACUUACAAUGAAAUGAGAGAUGACUUUGGACCAUUAUAGCCUCGGAACAAACUGGUUGCUCAGCGGAAGGAAUGUUUCCACACUUCCAGCUGCCAAGGUCAUCCGUUGCCAUGGGACACCACUAAAGAGGCACUGAAAUUUACGGAAUGGCCAUCCGUAACCUCGACAUCAAUCAAGGAUUUAGAGUCCAGGGUUUUGUUUAAUGAGCGGUCCACCAACACAGCCAAACUCAGUUGGCCUGGCCAACCUGACACAUUUCGCUCGCUAGCCUGCUGGGCUGGUCAUCUCCUAUUCCUACCUGGCCGACGUGAAAUACUGUGCACCUCACGAGGUCUAUUUUGAAUGUGAAUAGAUGUAUUUUCAUGAUGAUGACAACUUUAAACGGGUCUUUCAGUGUUUAUUCAAGCUUGCUGAAAACAAGCUUUACCAUGCUUCAGUUGUAAAGUGUACCAUUGUUACUGAUUUGACACCAGACAAGUAGAAAUUGAAAAAGUAAUUCAAAUAGGAGUGUCAGUUUUAUAGUUGUCAGUCAGUUUAUCAGUAUGAGUAUAGAGUACUGAAGUGUGGCGUCAUUUGAACCAGGAAGUGUAGUGCAACCAGUGGAGUAUAUGCGUGUGUUGGUUCAUGCACUGGUUCUCACGCCAAGGCUUUUUCCAGCAUUGUGCGCUGACAUAAUUCACUUCAGUACUCUGCUGACUCUUAGGGGAGAAUGUGUAAGUGCUCAACUCCUGUAAAUUUCAUCAUGUUUCUUAAGCUAAAAGUAUGUGAGACUUUGUCCAAAUGUUACGGCUAUGGCUAGAAAUAAUGCUGGCGGCUAUGUAAGCCAGCUGCAGUCGGCUGCAGCCACAUCCCAUAGGCAUGUGUGUUACUCUCAGCCACAGCCAGUUGUUUCAGACAUGGCUGUGGCUGGAAAUAAUAUAGGUGCCUAUGGAAGCCACUAGCUAGUUGAGUUGGAUACAACCACACUACAGACUAUUUAUAGCAGAGGUUGAAGAACUUCAAAAGCAGCAGGGGCAGAACGAUUUUCAAAGUGAGGCUGCCCCCACACACUUCUUCCUCCUUUGCUUCAAAGCAGUUGUGAAUAAAAAGUUUUGAGAAUUUAA